AUGCCAUGGCCUAAGGUGGCUGACAAGGUUCAGAAAUACACACUCACAAUUAAAUGUAUAUCAAGUGUGAUAUAUGAACAGUGACAAAUCCUAAUGUUCUAAUGUUGAUAAAUACCAACUAUUUGUUGCUUGGGUUGUGUGUAGUUAUUUACCAAUGCAGCUAUUCAAUAUCAUGCUUGCCUACCUCAAUUACAAGUUUUAAAUUGGCCCACUAUAUAGACUUUGUCUGCGACAGCAGCAAGAACCUAUAAAAACAACAACAAAAACAUUGAGAUGUGAAUGACUCCAGCAUGAACUCGCUCACAGUUUUAAAAUGUUUUAUUUAACGCCACUAUUUCUCACAGUAUCUAGCAUUUGCUAAAUGCUAACUGUUUACACAGUUCAAAGCAUCUAGCGUUAGCUGAAUCCUAACUUUUUAACUGUGUCUCCUCUUCCCGCCCCAGGUUUAUGGUGCCGCCAUCCAGUUCUACGAGGCGUUCCCACGUGAGUGUCUCUCGGAGCGGCAGAGCGUGCGUCUGGGCCUGGUGAGCGUGGUGGACCGGCGUCCCAUCACCAACCGCACCCUGCAGGUGAAGAAGAGCGUGUGUGUUCUCUCCCACUGGCCCUUCUUCACCGUUUUCCAGAAGUUCCUCACCUUCGUCUACCGAUACUCCAUCUCCGGACCCCACGUGCUGCCCCUCGAGAAGUCAGUGGCCCUUAAUGGCAAAUAUCACCUAUGUGUCUUUAUAAACCUAAACUUGCUAAUCUACUGGCUAACAUACCGUAGGCCUAUAAGCUAUUGAUUCAUGUUAUGGUUGGUUGUUUGGUUGAUUUAUUAGCAUGAACUCUGCUCUCUCCAGGCACAUCUCCAGCUUCAUGCACAACGUCCCCUUCCCCUCCCCUCAGCGGCCUCGCAUCCUAGUGCAGGUAUGGAUACUUGUUUUUAACUCAAUUCACAUUCUCUCUGUUAUCUUUAUUCCUUUUUAACACAUCAAAGCACUUUAAAGCAUCAGAAGAGUGGAAUGGAAAACCUUGCUAAGCAUUGAUUUAGCUCAGGGCAAUACAGAAGGCAGCAUUAAAACACCUAAUUCAAGUAAGGCAUGACUGUGAUUAUUAGUUGAGUCAGGUGUUUUAGUGCUAGUUUAGAACAAUACCUGCUUGCUCUGUGUGUGUGCUUGUAUGUGCCUGUUUGUGCAUUACAAGUGGAACCUCCGCUUGAGUUCUAUUUGAACUUGACACCAGUAGCAUUGUGGUGUUUUACGCUAAAGAUUUGACUUCUUCCCCCACAGGAAAUGGGCUUUGAAUGAAUUGAUGGUUUCACUGGUUAGUGUGUGAAGAUGGACUGGGUAAAAAUAACACCCAAUCAAAACAAUCUAUAAUAUACUGUGGAUAUAAAAUUAUUUCACAAAACACUGAAUGAUCCUUCUGGCUCUAGAAAGUAGAGACGAUUGUUUAAGUAGUUUGGGGAUUUCUAGAAAACUCAAAUCGAGUCAAAUGGGGCUUUUCAAACUUGAUUCCUAAUGGCUUGUUUCAAAUCAACAGAUAUUAAUUUGGUGGUCUAUGAAAUUGAAGCAUGGCUAAACUUUCUUCCUUAGACCUAUAGAUUAUUGUCCACCAUGUUGGUUUGUUAAUGAAAACUGUGUGUGUGUCAUUUCAGCUCUCCCCCUAUGACAACCUUCUACUGUGUCAGCCCGUCUCCUCCCCCUUACCACUCAGGUCAGUACAGUAAAUCUGCAUUAGGUUGAGUCACAAUAAACUGUGUGGUGUAAUGCGUUAUUGUGCGCUAGCGCUCCAACAAUGCCUUAAUUUCCCCUGAGGGAUUUCUAUUAUCAUAUUGAAGUGAAUCCAUUAAUACAAUAAUUAAUUGAUAAAGAGACUGUUCUUUUCUGUCUGUAGUGGUGCCAGCUUUGUGAAGCUGCUGCAGAACCUGGGCCCUGAGAAUGCCUGUGUCCUGCUGCUGGCCGUGCUGACGGAGCACAAACUAUUGCUCCACUCCCUCCGCCCCGAUGUCCUCACCUCCGUCAGCGAGGCCCUGGUGUCUGUGAGUCACACACACACACGCAUGCAAAACCUACACACACACACACACACACACACAACACCACCACACACAAAGACAUAUGCGUACACACACUCAUCCUAAUCAAAGAAUGCACUCUAUCCCUCCAGAUGACGUUCCCUCUGCGUUGGCACUGCCCGUACAUCCCCCUGUGCCCACUGCGGCUGGCAGACGUACUGUGUGCCCCCAUGCCCUUCAUCGUGGGCGUCCACUCCAGCUACUUUGACCUCUAUGACCCCCCUACUGACGUGGUGUGUGUUGACCUGGACACCAACACCAUCUUUCAGUGAGUACACUGACCUUGAAGGAACUGGACCUGAUGCAACUGAUGGAAGAGGACGCAACAAAAACCAAACAUACAAAGGAUGAAAUCCAUAGUUUUGUGUUCUCUUCUCCUGCAGAGCAGAGGACAAGAAGCCGUUGUCAUGGCGAUCGCUACCAAGGAAGCAUGGCAAGAUGCUGGUGAAUACCCUCACCAACUUGAUGAAGACCUUGGAGAAAAGUGAGUGAUAGCCUACUUAUUCUAAAGCUUAUCUAGGGACUGAUGCUGGAAAAUAAGUACAAGCUAAAACAUAUUGGUGCAAUACAUCUGACUCUGAUAAUUCAAUGUGCCAAUGCUUUGUGUCUUCAUCUUUUUCUCUCUGUCCCUCUCUCCACCACUACCCCAAUUUCCCUCACUUUCUAUCUCUCUCCCUCCCCCACACGUCCCCAUCCAUCAGUCUACACCCCUGGCCAGGAGGAGGCCACCCUGGAGUUCCUGCUGACGGACUAUGACCUGAUCUACGGGCGUCAGAAGCAGCUGGAGCUGGAGAUCCAGGAGGCCUUCCUGCGCUUCAUGAGCUGCCUGCUGAGGGGCUACCGCACCUACCUGCUGCCCAUCACCCAGGCCCCCUCAGACAGGACCACCGACUGCAGCUCCCUCUUCAACCUGCAGGGUCAGUGUGGGAGGGGGUGACUACCUGUGUGUGUGACUCAUAACUCACAAAAGAUUGACACAAGUGUACACAAAUAUGAUAUAACAUUCUGGCUGAGGAUGUGUGUGUGUGUGGGUGGGUAUUUUACCUCACCUACUUACUGUGUCCACAACCAACACCCUUGUGAAGCUAGUAUUUUAAUGUGUGUCUGAAGUUAACCCCUCCCUGGCUCUUGCAGGCUUCCUGAAGUCUCGUGAACGCACCCACCAGAAGUUCUACAUCCAGCUGACCAGGACCCAGAUGUUCACUCAGUUCAUCGAGGAGUGCUCCUUCGUCAGUGACCGCCACGCCUGUCUCGAGUUCUUCGACGAGUGUGUCCAGAAGGUCAGAAUCACAUCUUCAUGUUUUCCAUAAUGUUUAGUGAUACACCAUAUCUUAUGGAAGCCUUAGUGUAUUGAUUCCAAUACUAAAACCGGAUUUGUAUUUUGUAUUUACACAACUAAUGGAAAUGUGUGAUCCCACUCCUGCCCUCUAUGUUGUCAAUGUUUGUGUAUUCCUGUGUACGUGACCUGUGUUUGCGGCAUGUAUCUAUAUAUAUAUAUAUAUAUGUGUGGUGUGUGUAAGCAGUCGGAUGUGGAAAAGCCUGAGGAGGUGCGUCUGAUAGACCUGGACGAGGCCCACAGUGGGGAGCACACAGUCUUCAUCAUGCCCCCAGAGGAACCCCAGGAGCCAGACGGUUCAGAGUGCCCCACUCACUACAGGUAACACAGGCACUACAUAUACCAGGGUUCGUGUUCACAAAGCUUCUCAGAGUAGACCUGAUCUAGGAUCAGUUUAGCCUUUUAAAUCAUAAAUAAUAAGAGGGUUGACCUGAUUCUAGAUGAGCACCUCCACUCGGAGACACUUUGCGAAUAAGGCCCCAGCACUUACAGUAACUACUUUGUGUUUGUUUAUAUUGUCUGAUGCUGUGACCAGUGACGGCGUGUUUGUCUGUUUACAGCUAUGAGACGUUCCCUGUGCUCUGCAUGGAUCUUUUUGACCGGCCUCAGGACCAGCUACGUGUCCCUACCAAGGGGAGUGCCCCCAGCAGCCCUGCCCCGCGACGCACUAAACAGGUACAGACCCAAACCCGCCCCACACCAGAGCCCCUUAAAAACACACUACAACACCACUGA